UUGUGAAACUAGGACACCUGAGGUAUCUUAACAUGAAUGAAACUAGUAAAGAUGCCACCAUACCUCGGGGGUUUGGUGCGCUAUCAAAUAUGAGGAUACUUUUCGGGUUUCCAGGCCACGUGGAUGACGAGUGGUGUAGUUUGGAAGAGUUGGGCCCUCUUUGUGAGCUAAGGAAGCUUGGUUUGAACAGUUUGGAGAAUGUAUAUGAUGCCUCAUCUGCUGAAAAGGCAAGGUUGUGUGAGAAAGUGCAUCUUACCGAGCUGAUCUUACGCUGCAGUAGUAGGACGGGAGACGAUGGGUUGGUGGAAGAGGAAGCAGGCGUCUCUGAGGAAGAGCAAAGAAAAAUCAUAGGGUUGUUUGAUGAGUUGUGCCCUCCACAUUGCUUAGAACGCCUGGAAAUUGGAGGAUAUUUUGGCCGACGGCUACAAAGGUGGAUGACGUCCACAUCUGCAACGGCCCUGAAGAGCUUAAAUACUCUCUGGAUUGAUGACCUGACUUGCUGCACCCAACUGCCUGAUGGUUUAUGUGAGCUCCCAUACUUGCAAUUCAUUCAUAUCUGCCAUGCUCCAGCAAUCAAGCAUGUUGGUCCUGAAUUCAUGCAACUCUACCAUCAUUGUGGUCAUCCUCCUUCCAAGACAAUGGUUUCAUUUCCCAGAUUGAACAAGCUGGACUUAAAAGAAAUGGUGCAAUGGGAGGUAUGGGAGUGGGAAGAAGAAGUGAAAGCCAUGCCCGUUUUGGAGGAGGUUCAGCUCAAGCAUUGCAAACUGAGGUGCCUUCCUCCGGGUCUUUCCUACCAUGCAAGGGCUUUGAGAAAACUAUCUCUAGAAAGCAUCCAACACCUCACUUCACUUGAGAACUUUGCUUCUAUCGUCGAUCUUGAAGUGUCCCAAAACCCUGACCUGGAGAGGAUCACCGAUCUCCCCGUAUUGCAGAAGCUCACCAUCAUCAUGUGCCCAAAGAUGAAGGUACUGGAGGGUGUGCCAUUACUCCAAAACCUCUUUCUAGAGGACUACGGCAUGGAAGCACUUCCGGAAUACAUGCGAGGCGUAAACCCAAGGCAAUUGAAUCUGGAUUGCAGCAUAGCACUGCUCAGAUCCAUAGCUGCGGGACAAUCGGGCCCUGAGUGGGCAAAAUUCAGCCAUGUCGGGCGUGUCAAGGGGUAUGCGCGGGAGGGAGACAACAAAAGAAAAUGGUACGUGAUGUACACAAGAGAACCCUACAACUUGGAGACAGAUAUCGACUAUUGAUCUUCCACGCUCGCGGAGCGAAAAGUCGAAGAGGAUCAUGGCAUGCGCACAAGAACAAAGGAAGGGGUAUGUUGAGGA